UUCCAUCCACCCAGUACACAAUGACUGUGUUAUACUCUUUCAUAUUUCUACUGUUUGCAUUGAAGACGCUGGAGGUACAAUGUGUUGUUCGAACGUGGCAAACCAACCUGAACCUCAACAACCCCAACAACUGGUCUCCCCAUCGACUCCCGUGUCCCGCGGACAGGAUGAUCCUCCAGAGCUCUGCCCCACUGGUACUACAACUGCCCGAGCAACAGACCUCCGUCUCUGGCAUGGUACUGGGAGAUGACGUAGAGCUUGUACUACUAAAGGAUGGAAGUGUACACCUCACACCGGCCAACCGUACAGCCAAGUGUAGCGGACAAGAUGUAAUUUUCAAACACACCCAACCUAUGAGAUGGGUCGACCCGAGCAACUGGGACCGGUGGACCCGGGCUACCCCAGAUCUAGAGCGGGUCCCUUGCACCCAGGAGGAUGUCAAAUUUACUCCCGGAUCAACCUUCAACAUUAUCACACCUCCAACCUUGAAACUUGGGAGUCUCGAAAUCAACGGAGUGAUGAUUGAUUCUUUCGACUGGUAUGAACACUCUAGUCAAGAUGAGAGCUCGUGGCAGCUUCACAAGCCAGACGGAGACGCUCCAGACCUGGUGAUCAGUGCUACCAACUGUCAGGAGGACACUUGGUGCGAGUGUCACAACGAGUACCUUCACUCCGAGAUCUGCACAGACGUGUGUCCUUUACCUCUCUGCAAACAGCCAGUCAAACCUUCUGGCUUCUGCUGCCAUAUCUGCGGUGCAUAUUUUCUCAUGAGGAGUAAAGACCAAAAGAAGCUACCACUUACAAAAGUUAUCAGUUUUUUUAUGAAAAACAAAGACAUAGCUUGGCAUGCCAGUAAAGUUGGAGAUUUGAUACAGAUAGUUCUAUUAGAAAAUGGAGAUUAUAGUGGAGAAAUCUCUGCUAUUGCAGAUGAUCUGAAAACGCUGAUAGAGAAAAAUGUCGUGGGUUGGAGAGUAGAGAAGUUAUUCGUGUCAGGACACAUCUGGUACCCUAUUUCCUUUGCUCAGGUAGCUGUACAUUUCCUCUCCUUGAUGGUGUUUGCUGCAAUCACAAUCGCUGGGAUUGUCGUGUUUUACUCCAAGAACUGGUAA